GACUGAAAUUUCAAAAUUCCGCUACCAAAAGUUGCACCAAUCUUAACUCAAUUAAUUACCCUAGCAAGCAUUGCAGUUUGCCUACCCUUCUCUCGCCAAACCGUUUUUUACCCAUUUCUAACGCCCAGAAUUUGGUAUAAUUACUUAAACGCUACCCCAACAACCCAAACAAUAGCCCCGUGCCCUUAUCAAGCCCAAUUUUUGUCCAAAAUAAGUGUCGUCAGGUGCAAUUGUUUAUAAACUGACAUUUGACAUUUGGUAAACAAUCGACUUUCUUUGUUCAAUUUUUGCCAAAAUUUCGCCUUCCCAGCCAAGUUUGCUGAAACCGUCGUGAUGUGCAAGCCAUGGGUGCAUGUUUAUCGCUAGAACGUGAAGAAGGCAAGGCCCGGAAGCGCUCCGAGGAGAUCGACCGCCAGUUGGGCGAGUUGGCCAAGCAGCAGAGCAAUGUCAUCAAAAUCCUGCUCCUGGGCGCCGGCGAGAGCGGCAAAAGCACCCUGGUCAAGCAGAUGAAGAUCAUCCACGCCGACGGCUUCACGCACGCCGAACUGAGCAGUUUCCGGCCCACGGUCUUGGACAACCUCCUGGCCUCCAUGAAGUACGUCCUGGCGGGCAUGGGCAUCCUGCGGAUCAACCUCGAACAGCAGCGGAAUAAAAGCCACGCUCAGGCGGUGCUCAUGAGUCGCAGUUGCUUUGACAUGAGUUUCACUGUCUUGCCCAACAUGGCGGCGUCUCUGCAGGCGCUGUGGUCCGACAGGGGGGUCAGGCUUGCGGUGGCCAGGGGGUACGAGUAUGAGUUGAACGACUCGGCGCUUUAUUUAUUUGAAAAUAUGGAACGAAUCUGUGAUCCUAAGUAUGUGCCAACGCCUACUGACGUUUUGCGGGCCCGUGUCAGGACCCAGGGGAUAAUUGAGACGCAUUUUCGUAUCAAUGAUAUGAUUGUCAGUAUGUAUGAUGUUGGGGGGCAGAGGUCGCAAAGGAGGAAGUGGAUUUAUUGUUUUGAUGAUGUCAGAGCUGUGCUUUUUGUCGUUUCGUUAAGUGGCUACGAUAUGACACUUUUGGAGGACCCGAGUGUGAAUCGCCUCGACGAAAGCCUCAAUCUUUUCGGCCAAAUCGUUAACAAUCCGUUUUUCCGCGACGCUUCUUUCGUACUAUUUUUAAACAAAUUCGAUUUAUUUCGCGAAAAAAUCCUCUACUCACAACGUCACUUGCGGCUUUACUUCCCGGAUUACAAAGGGCCUGACCGUGACGUCGACCGAGGCGCUCUCUUCAUCCAACAUAAAUUCGUCCUAAAAAACGCCGAUUCGCGAAAAGUUCUGUAUCCGCAUUUCACAACUGCCACUGAUACUGCCAAUGUCCAAGUCGUCUUUCAAGCCGUUAUGGAAAUGGUCAUCUCGACGAAUUUGGGCCAAGUGACCUUACUCUAAAAUUUUGUUAUACGCUUGUUAAGUUCCUUAAGUCUGCCACUUGAGUAUUUUUUGGCAGUUUUUUUAUUUAAUUUAUUAAUGUAUUGCAUUUGUGGCGCGACAGCUUGACGUCAUCCGGCAGCUUUGUGAUUGGCUGUCGCGUAACAAAGAUCAAGGGAAGAUCUCAAACUGUGUUCAAAUUAAAACGCAAUAACUCUUGCCUCUAAGGCUACAUCUCGUGCCUGUGAUACUGUGGUCUUAAAUUCGUGCAAAUAUUUUUUAUACAAAUGUAUCAGAAGACGUGGGCCAGUUUUUUUUUAUUUUACAUCGAAUUUCUCACCUACCUCUUCAGCCAGCAAGUGAACGAUAUAAAAUAAUUCUCAUGACACUCACCUCGUUCGUGCCAUUUCGUGUCCCUCCUUUAACGAGCUUCAUUUUUUAUUUUAUUAUUAUUUUUUAGCUGGUCGCCACGUCUUUUGUAAUCACAACGAUGUGAUAAAAACUAGCUUAAGUUACAAAUUAGUUGUAGUUUUUUACUGUAGUGUUGUUUUUUGAAUAAAGUUUUAAAACUGAA